AUGCCUGUGGAACUGGACAGUGGCGGACCCGCGGCCGGCGCGGUGGCGGUGGUGGUGGCGAAAGAAGAGAACCGUGGGCGGGAGGCCGAGGACGGAGGUAGUGGCUCGGCAGUUCACAUUUUGAGACAUGAACUUGGGUGUCGCAUGUUCGUUCAAUCACUUCCGUUCAUCGUGGAGGAAAAUGCAGUGGGCGGUACCUUCUUUUCUCGAAUUGGAAUCCGAUCGUUUAAUCAGAGUAUAAGCACUUCGUGCAGCGUCGCCUGCUGUGUCGCGGCGGAGUUUCGCCUUUCCCCAGCCCUCGACGCCGAGCGGCGCCCCUGGCAACGAGCCGCGCCGCGCGCUCUCCCCACAGAAGCCGCGAGCGCGGCGCCCGGCAAAUAUUAUGUAGCUUUUCUUCGGCCCGCGCGCUCGUUUGGGCUACUUCAAGUAGAAGAAGAAGAAGAAGAAGAAGAAGAAGAAGAAGAAGAAGAAUUAGAAAUUUUUUUGUCAAUUUGUGCUUGUAGGCUAGAUACGAGAGGAGAGAAGGAGAAAAAGAGAAGAGAAGAGAAGAGAGGAGAGAAGGAGAAAAAGAGAAGAGAAGAGAGGAGAGAAGGAGAGAAAGAGAAGAGAAGAGAGGAGAGGAGAGAAGGAGAGAAAGAGAAGAGAGGAGAGAAGGAGAAAAAGAGAAGAGAAGAGAGGAGAGAAGGAACAGGAUAUGAAGAAGAUGUGGGGCCCGAUUUCUUCGUAAUGGAGACAGAGGCGAAGGAGGAAGAUACAUGGAGGAGUAGGGAUGGAGGAAGGCAAGAGACGAAAGAAAAGACGAUGGCGAUGACGACGUCGACGAGAUGGUUAUACGGCCCGCGGGAGCACACAGCCUCCUCAGCAGGAGACCCUCACCGCCGCGCCACGGCGUGCAGGACCCGGCGUCGUCCGCGCCGUUUGGGGUGA